AUGGGCAAAUACAAAAAUCAUAGAGGACCAGCAAAGAAGAAGACCGACGAGGUGAUCAGGAGACCAACCGCGGGGCAAAGGCAAGAAGCGGCGGCCGGAGAAAUUUCCUUGCCAUUGAAGCCUUCUGCACAAACGACGCUUCCCACGUUGCUCAAAGAACUCGCCAAGGGAAGCGAAGACGAUAAAAUCCGUUCUCUACUUGGAAUAUCCUGUUUAGAGAACGUAACCCUGGAUAAGCAAAGCUUGAGGUCCAUUGCGCCCCUUCUCAAUGACAGCUCCAACACAGUUCAAGUUGCUGCGGCAAAUGCUUUGAGAAUGCUCGCUAUGAGCGGAGGUUCUAAAGUGGCCAACGACAUGAUUGAUGAUGAUAUCAUGACGCCGCUUGAAACUGUGAUGUAUGCCGCUUACGGUGUGUUAUUUUCCGGCAAAACGUUGCUGGAUGACAAAAUUAUAAAGGAAAGACUAGUUUCCUGUAUUAAACUGCUCUGGACCCUUAGUGAGAACAGCGAACGUGCUUUGCAAUUUGCUUCAAAGCCAAGAACGAUGAACGUUCUAAUCAGUUGUGCCGAAUGUAUAGACGAUUAUUUGGCAUUACCAGCCGUACAGUGUCUUCAAACCAUCACUGAGGACAACACAGAGGCUAUUCAACAGCUGACAAGUCGGCAAAAAUACAUGCUUGAUGUCUUGGCUCUUGAAUCAACUGCUGCGGAAAAAAUACAAUUACAAACUUUGUUUGCUAGCGUUAUAGUCAAUGUGCACAACUGCACGAUGAGCAGGGUUUUGCCUGCUACUCUUAUUACUGUGGUCGGAACACUUGCCAAAUGCUUGAAAAUAAACAUGAUAAGUCAGUUAGAGGCAUUUGACGAGAAAAACAUGAAGAAAUGUCCUACCACAGAUAAAGAAGAAAUGGAUAUUGAUGAGGAUUUUGAUGAAUCAAAAGAAAAUGACCCUUUUGUCAAGGAAAUCCUUGACAUGGGACUUCUCAUUGACGCCCAAGUUUGCGCCCUCGAAACACUCGCCAACAUCUGCACCAAUAAUGAUGAUGACGAGGAAAUGAACACGUCCGAGAGCAGCGAGGAUGCCUUCAGCGAGUCUGAGUUUGAGGAGGGUCUGUGCUCAAACAUCCAAUCCCUCACCUUGCCACCAACACUGUCCUCGGAAGUGGUCAACAGCAUUCUUCAAAAUGGCAUCCUUGCUCUCACCAUGGAGAAAGCGCAACCCGUGCCCGAAGAGCUCCUGUCCCGUCUUGCUGCGUUCAUAGAAGAGGAGGACAUUCCCAACAGGCUUAAGAAGUUGCAGAACAGAGCUCUGUUGUGUUUGCACAACCUGAUAAGAGGCUUGCCUCUUGAAGAACUUGGAGGAGCCCAGCAGCUGCAGGAGACAUGGAGGUCGUUGGCUGUGAAAAUUGUUACAGAGUGGGACAGUGACGCUGAGUUGAUGGAGGCGGCUACAUCCUCGCUGCGAGCGCUGUCCUCGCGUCUGGCUGAGGAAAAAGGCGGCUCAAGCCUUAUUCAGGAAAUGAGCACUGGCGAUCUGGAGAAGCUGUGCAAACUAGCAGAGGGUUGCCAGGAUGCCAGCGUCAGGAUAAACAUUUACAGAGUCCUUUCGAGCAUCUCAGCCAUUGUUAGCCUAAACUACUCUGAGAAAACCGCACCUCUCAUUUUGACUGCGGGGAAGUUCCUCCUGGAGCAGAUCACCAAAGAGACUGAAAUUGUUGUCAUCGCUGAGGCUUUGGACGCCCUCAUGGACGCUCUCUCAGAGGACUGCUCGGACGCAGCCUGCGUUGAAAUGAAACUUGUGGCCCGUCUGCGAGACAUGGUCCCUGCACUUAAGCACAAGAUUCACUCUCAAAGACGACAGGCGCAAGGCUACAAUCCUGUUGUUUCCACUGUCAAAGCCAACCUGCAAAGGUUCAUUAAAUACAAAGCUCAGCGACUCAGAUUUGAUUGAUAUUCUUGCAAGGACUGUAAUAUUCACUGUAAACUUUGUAUUACAAAUUCAUUUUGUAUGAAAAUUGUACCUCAAUAUAUAUAAAUAUAGUUGUAACUUAUUGCAAAAA